CCCAGACCUGAAUGAAGGAGUCAAAGCCCACAGUAGAGGUCACAGUGUUAAGUGAGAAGUUUCCCAGCCUUGAGGCCCUGGCCUCAGCUGGGCAGGGUGUCCAUGUGUCCCUCUUCAUGCAGGGACCCUCUGAGGUCUCCCACUGCACUUCUCAACAGAAAAUUCAAUUCUGCCCCAAGGAUACUCCUUCUCCCUCGCCAUCUCCCCAGAGGUAUGCAGGCUGCAGAUGUCUGCAGGCUUUGUCUUCCUCCUUCCCUCCGAUGCAAUGUGGGCAUUUUCAGUCUUGGAAGUGAGGAAGAAAAACUAGGACAUUUUAAACUCUUCUUUUACUGGCAACAUCGUCCCAUUUAUCCUUCUUUUCCCUCAGCCCCUCUCCCUCAAGGCCACUCAGCCUGGACAUUUGUCCCAGUCAAAAGCUCACCUUCCAUCGUCCUUGCAGCCCAAAGGCUAGCCCAGUCUCUGAGUCCUGCUCCAGUCCUCUCCCACCAAACCAGCAAGGAAGCUGGUCUGUAGAGUACCCUGGGCCACCUCCAGUGUGAACUCUGCCUCGGGCCUCAGUUUCCCCAUCUGCUAAACUGGAUUAAUGAUGCCUACUCUCUAGACCCGAAGGAUGAAGCUCUAAGGUCACGGGUGAGGAAGGGUCCGCUCGCUCGGCGCAGGCUCGUUGCGGUGCCCCAGGCCCGGCUGUUCGGCUCCCCUCCUCGCGCGGCGCGCCCCUCCCUCCCCGUCCCCCUUCCCGCCUCUUCCCUGUCUUUCCGCCCCUCCGCCGGAUCGUCUCCCUCUUUGACUGUCCUUCCCUAAUCCUCACGCCUCCGGGUCCAGGGAACCCGCGCCCCGCCCGCCGCCGCCUCGCGGCCUGAGCCCCCGCCGCCCCGGGCAGGCCCAGCUCCACCGCAGCGCGAGCGGUCAGUGCGCAGCCCAGGCGCCCGCCCGGAGCCCGGAGCUCGGAGCCCAUCGCGGGCUCGGACAGAAGCAUCUCGGCCGCCGCCUUCAGCCAGGGGCCAUGCUGUUGCUCCUGCUGGGCCUGCUGAGCCCAGUUGCCUGCUGGGCACUGGGCCCCGCCGCUGGCCCCGGCUCCUCAGAGCUGCGCUCAGCUUUCUCGGCUGCACGCACAACACCCUUGGAGGGCACGUCAGAGAUGGCAGUGACCUUCGACAAGGUGUACGUAAACAUCGGGGGCGACUUCGACGCGGCCACCGGCCAGUUCCGCUGCCGCGUGCCCGGCGCCUACUUCUUUUCCUUUACCGCCGGUAAGGCCCCGCACAAGAGCCUGUCGGUGAUGCUGGUGCGCAACCGCGACGAGGUGCAAGCGCUGGCCUUCGACGAGCAGCGGCGGCCUGGCGCGCGGCGCGCUGCCAGUCAGAGCGCCAUGCUGCAACUCGACUACGGCGAUACCGUGUGGCUGCGGCUCCACGGCGCGCCGCAGUAUGCUCUCGGCGCGCCGGGCGCCACCUUCAGCGGCUACCUGGUGUACGCCGACGCCGACGCCGACGCGCCUGCGCGCGGGCCGCCCGCGCCCCCUGAGCCACGCUCGGCCUUUUCGGCGGCGCGCACGCGCAGCCUGGUGGGCUCGGACGCGGGCCCCGGGCCGCGGCACAGGCCGCUCGCCUUCGACACCGAGCUGGUCAAUAUCGGCGGUGACUUCGACGCGGCGGCGGGCGUGUUCCGCUGCCGCCUGCCUGGCGCCUACUACUUCUCUUUCACGCUGGGCAAGCUGCCGCGCAAGACGCUCUCCGUGAAGCUGAUGAAGAAUCGCGACGAGGUGCAGGCCAUGAUCUACGACGACGGCGCGUCGCGGCGCCGCGAGAUGCAGAGCCAGAGCGUGAUGUUGGCCCUGCGGCGCGGGGACGCGGUCUGGCUGCUCAGCCACGACCACGACGGCUAUGGCGCCUACAGCAACCACGGCAAGUACAUCACCUUCUCCGGCUUCCUGGUGUACCCCGACCUCACCUCCUCCGACCCGCCGGGACUCGGGCCCCCGGAGCUCUGAGCCCCGACCGAUCCCAGAGGAGCCCCGGAGGGCCAAGGGGCGUGCAUGCGGAGCCGGGACCGCGGCCCGAACGCCCCACCCUGGCGCGAGCAUGACGGCCUGCCCAGCGCGGCUGGACUCUGCCAAUAAAGUGGGCCUGCGCCGGGCAUCCGGAGAGUCUGCUCUGUCUCAAACGAUGCUUUGCCUCGGGGUGGGACAGGAAAGCCCUGAAUUCUGCAGCCCAUAGGCCUGGUGGGAAUCAAGCCCUGGGAGGGUGAGAAGGUGGGAAAUUUCGUCUAAUGCGUGUACCUGUCCAGUCUGUCUCUCCAUCUGACACCUCACCUUUGACUAAGACCUAGGACCCAUCUGAUUCCUUUCUGCGACGAGACAAUAUGCCACU